CAGGAACCAUCGCCUUACACAUUGCUUUUCGAAUAGACUCAAGAAAGUCACUACCAGUCCAGUGAUGAGCCCUCAAUUCUUCAGCUGCAUCAUCUGCGGGGUUCCAACCCACGACUAUGAUGCAUCUACGUCUGGGUCUUGGUCGGAUCAGUUUCGUGUAAGUGAGUUAUUCUUUACCACGAGUCUUCGAACGUGUGUCUGCUAAAGCACCAGCAGUUUAUCGAAAUCCGUCUGGUCGCUUCAUUUCUGGUGUUGGUUGUCGUGAGGACAAUCGUGAAACGACGUGGGAUGCACCUUCUGAUCCUGAUCUGCGUUGGGAUGACGAACGCAGUCAUGGUUCGUUAAUAGAUGUUCAAGUGAUGAAGCAGCCCGUAGAUGAUGAUCAACAUGGAUUUGUACUUCACGAAGCAUGUUGGAAACUUCUGGAGACAGCUUUUCCAUCUAUCUUGGCAGAAAUUCCUUUGAAACGGCUCAUCGAUAUAUUUGAAUCACUGCCAUUUCCUGUUUCCAGCAAAGGCGCCUAUUGGGGCCACGACUACGGAAAACUCAUUAUGGACAUCGAGGAACAAGGACUGUAUCCUUGGGAGGAAUUCUAUUUAGCUGACACCUACCACCCGGAAGAAGGCGGUGACGUAAAUGCGAAUCCAUAUGAUGUUCCUGAUCUCCCUGCCUCGCUAUCGAUGCGUGCAGAGUAUCCACCAGAACUGUCAGUUUCGAGUCAACCUGAAAACAAGAAUCUCUUUUCAAAGCUUCCAGUGGAACUCUUGGAGAACAUAGCUCUCAAUUUGCCAACGGAAAUCGCGCUUAGUCUACGUCUCGUAUCAAAAGUCUUCUUUCCACUCUUAUACAAUCAGGCAUUUUGGGCAUCCAGAUUUGAAGAAAAUGGUGAUCGUGAUUCCGUUUUCGAGACAUGGGGUCGUCGAAAUAGUGCCGAUGAGAUGAUUGAUUGGUUGAGUUUAUAUCGCCUCACCAGUUUUACUCACUGCUCGCCAGGGCUGAAGAACAGAAGAAGGAUCUGGAGCCUGGUACAACCACUUAUUGAGACAAUUGGUCUCUCUCCCGCGGAAACAGUUGAUACGGUCUCCGAAGACCAUGAUCAUGCUUCUUUGGAGUGGACCAAGGUAGAAGGGGCUUUGACGACUCGUUACCCCAUCAGAAGUGGAUGUCGUCUUUUCGAUACACACGUCGGUUGCGUAUGUAAAGACCUCUCGAAGAUUGCAUUUUCGUUGAGCACUGUCGGAACUAUUAGCUACAUCUCAGGCAUAUGCCUAAUCUCUCGCAGCGGCUCUAAUGUAUGUCUUGGGUUGAUCUCAAAGACGAACGAAAUCAUUCGUGAAGUUACGAAAUUGAGGGGCUUCAUUCUAGCUAUGGGCUCAAUGGGACUUCAUGCACUACAAGUCAUUCAAGAGGACUCAAGAGUUUCUGAAUGGAUUGGAUUUCCAGGUAACGCACCUCGAACAGAGCGUCUCAUCGGGUUUCGCAGUAUUGAUUUCCUCCAGGUAGGAUGUGAUGUAAGUACAAGAUCCUGCCCUCCCAUUCAAAGCCACCGAGGCCUAAUAUUCCAAUUUAGGGCUUUAAGAUCGUUAGUUUCGGGAUCUCUCCUUCUGUGCAGACAACAGAAGUUGAAUCCCAGUCAUUGCACAAAACAGCCCUUUGGUACCCUUAUUAUACCUCCGCCAAUACUGUGUCUCAAUGAACCAUCGUAUACGGCGGGGCCCAAACUCAGCGCUGAAUACAAUCCAUUAUUCUGGAUCCAUUUUGGUGGCCCUGGUGGGUGCAAGCUUAAGCACCUAACUAGUGUUUCAUUCGACAUCGCACAAGGUUUUUUUGGAUUGGAAUUCCAUUACGGGGCAGGCCCUGGACAUGAGACCUGCAAACUUGGUCGCUACGUACAUUCCGACAGCUCUGAAGAGGAACAUUUCCUCAUCGAUGGUCCUGGAGGCGAGGUCAUCGAAUCUGUAGAAGUGAUUCUUGAGCACCUUAACAUAUUUGAUUUCCUUAGGGAUGGCAUCUUGAAGGCUGUGAAAGUAAUAUGCUCAACUUAUACCCAAUGUUUGUCUUCUUUCAACCUCCAGAACUAAUAUGUCUUCUGUAUAGCUUACAACCAAUUGCAACCGUUCCUUCCAAGGGGGUUUUCUAUGGGGACAUGGUGGUACCACAGUAACCCUACCUCUGACAAUCACGCCGGGAACCACUCUCACAGGCUUUUAUGCCAGUAAGGUAAGUAGAUAUUCUACGCUGAUUGAGGAUGAAGUAGCUGACAGAAUAUUAAAGCAUAUACAAUUUGUUCUCAUCAGUAUAGGUGCCAUUUCCGAGGUGGUUGAUAAGUGAUGGCACGAAUUUCUUGACUCUUUAGUGAAAUAUUGAUCAUUAUCACAUAUUUACUCUUCUGAGAACCUUAGCUCGAUUAAAUGAGAUAGUGUAAAUGAAAGCUGGAUUUAUCGGACC